CAGUGCUCAGAGAAGCGCAGUCGGGAGAGGGGGGGGUGGGACGAGGGGCGCUGGCGGGGCCACGAGCGGGGGGCGGGGUGGGGGUUCCCUUUCCUUCCAGAACCUUCCUCGGGCUGGGGCCGCGCUCUGAGCCAGGCUUGAUUGGCCCGACGUGUUUCCUGGAGGCAGCCUCGGAAUGGAGCUAGGCACCGUCACUGCCACCCGGGAAAGCCUGUAAGCAGAGACGCGGUCACUGGACCAGAGAACGCCAGAGGACCGUCCCCGCACUCGGCACUUGGAUGUUGAUCCCACCCACGGGGAGGCCCCCCAGACAUGGCAGAGAAUUGGCUGCGUCUCUCUGGAACCGGGGCGAUGGAGGAGGGCGGUCUGGAGGAACCCAGUGGCCUGGAUGACAGCCUGACUAGCCUGCAAUGGCUGCAGGAAUUCUCCAUCCUCAACGCCAAGGCCCCCUCCCUGCCCCCUGGGGGGACUGACCCCCAUGGCUACCACCAGGUGCCAGGGUCAGUAGCCCCCGGCUCACCCCUGGCUGCAGAUCCUGCCUGCCUGGGACAGCCACACACUCCAGGCAAGCCCACCUCCUCUUGCACUUCUCGAAGCGCUCCUAAUGGGCUGCAGGCCCCACCCCCCGACGACGUGGACUAUGCCACCAACCCCCACGUGAAGCCACCCUACUCUUACGCCACACUCAUUUGCAUGGCCAUGCAGGCCAGCAAGGCAACCAAGAUCACCCUUUCGGCCAUCUACAAGUGGAUCACUGAUAACUUCUGCUACUUCCGCCAUGCUGACCCCACAUGGCAGAAUUCCAUCCGCCACAACCUGUCCCUGAACAAGUGCUUCAUCAAAGUGCCUCGGGAGAAGGAUGAGCCAGGCAAGGGUGGCUUCUGGCGCAUCGACCCCCAGUACGCGGAGCGGCUGCUGAGCGGCGCCUUCAAGAAGCGGCGGCUGCCCCCCGUCCACAUCCACCCGGCCUUUGCCCGCCAAACCCCACAAGAGCCCGAGACGGGCACCUGGGCCGCACCCCUGGCUGUAAACCCCGAGGCCCAACAGCUGUUGAGAGAAUUUGAGGAGGCCACAGGCGGUGAGACGGGCUGGGGAGCGGGUGAGGUACGGCCCGGGCACAAGCGCAAGCAGCCCCUGCCCAAGCGAGUGGCCAAGGCGCCGAGGCCCACCAGCACCACUCUGCUGAGCCAGGAGGAGCAGGGGGAGCUGGAGCCUCUCAAGGGAGACUUCGACUGGGAGGCCAUUUUUGAUGCAGGCACGCUGGGGGGGGAGCUGGGCGCCCUGGAGGCCUUGGAUCUGAGCCCGCCCCUGAGCCCAGCCACCCGCAGCAACGUCGACCUGACGGUACAUGGUCAUCACAUCGACUGCCCUGCCACCUGGGGCCCCUCCACUGAGCCAGCCACGGACGGACUGGACUUUGAUGAGACCUUCCUGGCCACGUCCUUCCUGCAACAUCCCUGGGAUGAGAGCCACGGGAGCUGCCUGCCCCCAGAGCCCCUCUUUGAGGCUGGCGAUGCCACCCUGGCUGUCGACCUAAACGACUGGGCCAGCGUGGGUGCCUUCUUGUAAAAAGGCUGGGACCCCCCCUCCCCACACCUCUGGACAUAAGCCUCAGAAUCAGGGCCCAGAACUCCCCCAAGACAGGAGCCUCGAGGACGUGCCUGCUCCGGGGCAGGGGCUGAGACAGGUCUUCUGAGGACGGGACACCUUUCAGGCUCAUGCUGCCCCUGGGCGAGGUUGCCCCUGGGACCCCAGCCCACCUGAGGAAUCCCCUUCCACACAGUGUUGCAGCCCCCAGGCUCCUCCCUCCCCCGCUACCUCCAGCAAGCAGGCCCUGAGGUCUGCCAGGACCCAGUUCUGUCUCCUCUCUUUCUCAGUGUGCAUCUCUGUCUCUGUCUCUUUCUCUUCCCCAGGUCUCUAUCCAGGGAAAGUUCCCAGGUACAACAGAUGCUAAUUAGGUGAAAGCAAAUUAAAUCCCAGGAGGCUUGGCCCAGCAAGGCCUCCCUGGGGGGUGGGGACCUGGCCCAGGACCGGGAGGACGGGAGGAAGGCUAGUAUGCAAAGAGGGGGCGGGAAACUGGAGCCAGAAGGAAGGGAAGGGGUCCGGGGCGAGGGGGCAGGAGAUCUCCUCUCCAGAAGCGGCCUCCUUUUAGUUGGGCCCCGAGCCCUUGAGGCAGGACUGAGGGUGCAGAUUGUCGGGCUCGAGCCUAGGUCCAGGAGGCAUUGUGGGAUUCCCAGGCAGGCGCCCCUUCCUGGGGGGUGGGGGCAGCUGAGCUGUAGGGCUGGGGAGCAGACUAAUGUAGUGAGUGUAGCUGUAGCUAAGAGAGAGUAGGUUGAUUUAACUGGGGAUGGGACCCCCUGACUCAAGGGAGUCGCUGGAACUGGAGCUCAGAGGGCUGGGGGAUAGGAAUUGGGUGUGGGGGAGGGUUGGGGUCCCUGCAGCUCCCCAAAGAUGGGCUGUUGCAGGGGCCCUGUCCCAGCCUGGGGUCCCAGCGGACUGCAGCCCCACACCCACCCAUGGGGACAAUUUAACCUUUUUCAUGGAAAGUUAUUUACAAUAAAAGAACUGAAAACACA